AUGAAUUUAACCAAUUUUUUAAAUACGAAUAAAAACAAAGAUAACAAAGAUGAAAUUAUUUCAUUUUUUCAUGUUCAUAUACCAUUUAAUACAGGCUCGUAUAAACCCUCAGUUGUGGGUAGUUGUGAAGCUUUAGGCCAUUGGAAACCUAAAGUAUGGUUGCGUCAGUUUCAAGAUUCUACUCUUUGGGUAUCUGGUCCUGUGAAAAUUCCACAUUUGCAUGUUGAAUAUAGAUAUUGUUUAGCUUCACCAGAAAAUUUAAAUAAAUUAAGUACAGAAGAAUGUUAUGCGAUUGUUGAUUAUAUCUACAAGAGUAUUGAAUCUUCUCAUAAACCAUAUGCUGGAAUAAUUGAUUACAUCCGUGUUUUAAAAAAGAACAGGACAGAAGAGUCUAAUAAAAUUAUCGGCUUCAUUAACCAACGUUUAUUUGAAAGCAAAACAAAAGAACAAAUGUUAUUUUUGUGUUAUUUCCUUGGUUACUACAUGGAAUACCAAUAUAAAAUACGCUGUCUUCCGGAUAAUUUCCCAUCCUCUAUCAUGAUAAAGGAAUUUAAAGACUUCGAUUGUUGUCAUAAUCUGGUAUCCAAUGCAAAACCUAUGGUCGUCAAUGCCGUUAAAAUUUUGGUUCAACAUAAUUCUAAAUGCGGUUUUCUAGAUUGGAUCAUAAUAUUUGCGCUUGCACCUAUAUUUGAUACGUCAUAUUCAUUCGUCGAUUCAAUAGAAAUAUAUGAUUACAAAGAGAAACCUGACUACUUCAUAAAAUUAUUGAAAGAAAUUAAACCUAGCAUUGAUGAUCUUCAAAAUUUCGAUUCCAGCGUAUUAAAUAAAGUGAUGAAUAAGCUCGUCAUGAUAUCAAAUGACGCGGAAUGUCUCGCACACCUGCAGGAACAUUUUAAAUAUUUGGAGGAUAACGACAAUUUUAAACGUGAAAUUCGUAAAAAACUCUUGGAAUUGCUUCUUAAGGAACCUAAUUUGGGGUGGCAACACAGUGAAUAUGUAGACAUACUCAAAACAAUUGCUGAUUCUAAUCAAAAAAUUGUAUUGGAAUCUUUUCCUGAAGUUUGUAAAUUUAUCUCGGGGUUGAAUUUAGAGAAAAUUAAAAAUGAACUUGAGAAAGCAUCGAUCAAAUGGUUUAUAAAUAUCUGUAAAGAAAGAUCGACCUACGAUAUCUUCCAAUAUCUUUCAAUGAUGCAUUCAACUUCGACACAUAGCCGAGAAAUUUUAAGCAAGUUGUUGAAUCAUAGAAUUACGGCGUCAUUAUCUGAUGAUUCUAUAUUUUCCAUUACAUCCCGUAUUGAUGAUUUUCAUGAAGAUAUAAUAGCUCAUUUUUUAUCUUUAGUAAAAGACAGAGUUGGACCCCUUGUUCAAGAUCCUGAUGAGCACCUAUUUGAAAAGAUUAUGCGGAUCUGUAACAGCACGGAGAGCUUGAAUACCGAAAUCGAAACUUUAUAUUUUAUACUCGACCGCUUGCAACAAAUAAAAGAAAUUAAAUUUUCCGAUGAAGAAUCUUUUCAACUCUCGUUAUUUCAAUCUGCGAAAUUUUGGAUGGCAAUAUUUAAAGCAAAAGGUUAUACGCAAAAACUACGUUCUCAUCCAUAUUUUAAAGAAACAUGCAAAGUGGUGAUUAAUUUAGCUAUGAGUAUUAGAAAUCACACCAUCACAAUAAGAUUGCUUCGAAAAAUAUUUAAGUGCUUUAACAAUAACGACAUAGCUCUCAAGGAUUAUAUUAACUCUGUUAUAGAUAAUUAUCAAGAAGAAUAUGAUACAAUUACAGAAGAAGUUAUAGAAGGGAAGUACAAUCAAUGUUAUGAAUACGAUUCAACUUUGGAACGUCUCCAAAAAUUUUAUGAAAAAUUCUGUCCUUCUCAAUUAGUCCAAAACGUGAAACAAUAUAUAGACGAUUUAACAAAAAGAUCAAUUUAUACCACACUUGGAGAAUCACACAUCAAAAAUCAUUGGUCCAUGCACUCCAAGACUAUUAAGAUUAUGAAGAAUUAUUAUCACUUUGUUAAGUCGCAAACUUUUUAUAACGUAUUUCAAAUUUUAUUGGAAGCAAAAUUGACAGUUAGACAAGUGAUGAAUAAAACUAUAUUGAAAACAGAAUUGACAGUUAAAAAAGUGAUGAAUAAAAUUAUUAAAAAAGCCAUUGAAAACUAUAAGGCAAUAUGCAAAGAAUAUGAUAAUUGGGAAGAAAUUAAAUGUUCUGUUGCAAACAAUUUCUGGAAAUAUAUCGAUGCAGAACACGUUGAAAAAGAAAUUAGUUUUAUGGCCCCCUAUUUUAAUAAGCUCAAGUCGAUUAAUACCUCAUUAAAAUUAGGAAGACUACAUCAAUUUGUGAAAAUGAUUAGAACAUUGGACAUCAUUCCGCGUGAUCAUAAUUUUUGGGCCGAAGAGCUAAAAAAUAAUUUGGAAGAUAAAGAGUUGUUACUUUACCAGUUGUGCGAAAUUUUUGAUCAACUUAAUGAAUUUGAGAAGAUGUUGACAAACGAAAUUUGGGCAACAAUUACGGAAAUCUCUUCUGCUAUAGAUUUUGUUGUUUACCUUAAGUCACUUGUAGGACAUGAUCUUAAACAUUUAAUCAAUGGAGUUGAUGAUCAUUCAGAUGAACGAUUGAUCAAAGAAAAUACUGUUCAGAAAUUUAUCCAAUUAAAACAGAUAUUGGAGCCUUUAUUAGAGAAGAGAUAUACUGUAGUGCAAGAGUUUUUGCAAAUCCUACGUGAAAUCAUGAAUAUGAAUCCAUCUCUGAAUUCCAUGCUGCGACUGUGUAAUGCAAACGCCCAAGCAUUAAAGAACAUAUAUAGGAACAUUGCGAAUCGUGGAGAGAUGACAAAAGAAAAAAUCUUCUAUUCAGUAACAAAAGGAGUAUAUUCAUUUGAGAGAAUGAAAGAUUAUGAAAACAAAUACACAGCAAAGCUAUCAUAUUCUUCUAACAUUUCACAAAGCGAUGUUUCAAGUUACACUUUUGCUGACCUUCGGGAUUUACGUAGUCAUUAUGAAAGUGCUAAAACUGACGAGAUCACAUCGGCUCACAUGAAUGAAUUUGUCAUUAUGGUUGAUCUCGCGCAAGAAAUAAUUGAAGCUGCUUCAUCGCUAAAGGAACUUGGACAUUUUAAAUACCGUAAUUUUAAGGAAAAUACGCAUUCAAUUUCAAAUAUGAAAACAUUGUUAGAAGAGUUGCUUAAAGACUUACAGAGUUGGAAAAAAAUCGUUAAUGAAGCACAACAAAACCAUUAUUAUUUAACCUUUUUUCUGGCACAACAUAUUUUAAGCUUUUAUGAUUAUUUUUCACACAAAGAAGAGAAUGUAGACGCACAAUAUAAUAUUAAAGAAAAAUGUUCGUUACUUUUGAAAUUUGUCAAUGAGAAAGCUAAACUAUCGGACAUUACUUCUGAUAUCUUUAUGAUCCCUAUUGAACCUAAAAAUUACUAUGAUAUACUCUGUAAAAUUGGCACUGUAUUAUAUGAAAUUUUCAGUCAAAUUCCUACCAUGCAACGCCAAAUAGCAGAUAUUGUUAAGUAUGACAUAGUGGAGGUAGUCUAUCAGGAGCGUCUUUUUAUUGAACAAUGCUCAACCACAGUAGAAGAACUCCUAACCUUUGUAAAACGAUGUUUUUUUGCCACAAAAAGUGGAUAUGGAGAACACUUGUUUUGUAUUGCAAAUGUAGAAUUGCUGAAUUUCGAAUUGCAAUAUCAAUUGGCAUUAAGCAUACGUUCUUUAUGUCAAAAAGAAGAACAAUUUUAUUUAGCUUUAGUAUGCUGUCUCAAAAAUAAUAUGCAACAUCAUAUACUUGAUCAAUUUUCAGAAUGUAUACACCCGAUUCAAGGCUUUGAUGCAAAUUCUAUGCACAAUAUUUUUAAAAAAUUGUGCCCCAAUGUAUUGACAGUUUCCUCUGAUUUAUCCGGGCAAGGAAAGACAAAAUGGAUUGAAGAGCAAAGUUUCACUCAUGGAUUGACUCCCCGAAAAUUUUUAAUAAGUGACGGAAUGACAUUUGGAAUGCUUAUUCAUCAAUUAUCAGAAUUCAGAUUAAAAAAUACCGAGAGUUUACAUUUAAAUAUCAUGCAAAUUGACCACCAUUACGAUGUAAACAUGUUUCUAUUUGAAUUGCUUUCAUUUAAAAUUGUGAAAGAUAGAACCGAAUUCCUGAGCAUCCCAUCGACAUUAAUAUAUAUAGAAAUAGAAUCGACCAUGAACCGAGAUUUACUUAACUCUAUUCCGAUUAUCGAAUAUUUAGAAAGAAAAACAUUUGAUAUGGAGUAUCAACAACCUGAUCAUUCCGCAAGAUGCGGACAGCCCUAUUUAAAUUUUCCCAAAACGUGUUGUCGACAGCUAUUACAGAAAUAUUUCUUUGAUAAAAUCUCACAAGAUAUCAAGACCUAUCGUUUUCUUGAAAUAUUUGUCAAUGUUCUUGCAGAUCAAUUGAAACGAAUGUCGUCCAGCGAAUAUUUUCGCGUGAACACAUUAGAGUGGAUGGCAACAAAAAAUCCAGUUACAUUUUAUGAAAAGUUAACAGAAUACCUUGGUUAUCCGCUUCCUGUGGUGAAUACCGCACUAAAAAACAUUCGAAAAACAUUGCUAGAAACAUUAAUAGGUGUAUCUAUGAAUAUUGCGACUCGUUCUGUAGAUUCUAAGAAGAAUCAGUUCAAAAAUUUACUCAAUGAUAGGAACGAGGACAUAAGCAUCAAGCCUUGGGAAGAUUCGAAUCAUUUACUAGUAAUUUUCUUAUCUCAAUCUCCUGGUUCGAUCUGUGCGCUUUAUCGUGAUAAAAAUAAAGUUCCGAAGAAUGUCAACCUUUUAUUGGGAAGCCAGAAUUCCACAUACGAAUUAGAUGAUUAUGAUAAUAUGUCUUCUAAAGAUAUCUUGAAGAAAUUGGAAGAUUUUGCACGAACAACACAUGAACAGCGUGAAUAUGCACCAGAUACAUAUGUACUAUCUACAGAUAAUCUUUUGAAAAUGGCUUUGAUUUUAUUAAGAUCAAGAGCAAAUAUACCGGUGGUAAUUUGCGGUGAAGCUGGAUGUGGCAAGACGAGUCUUAUCCAGUUCCUUUCAAUUGUUGUCAAUGUCAAAUUUCUGAUUCUAAAUCUGCAUACAGGUGUAACUAAGCAACAAAUACUUGACUUUUUAUAUAAUGCAGAAAUGAUUGCAGAAAAAAGUGAAGUAUGGGUAUUUUUUGAUGAAAUUAACACAUGCGAGCAUAUUGGUAUUUUCGCGGACCUCAUCGCUCAUAGGUUACUUCUAGGCUGCCACACACAAGCAGGACUUCAGGCAGACAAUUAUGAAGAAAGGAGUCAGCUUGUCUAUCAAGUACGACCACUUCCUGAUCAAAUAUUAGACUAUGUUUGGGAUUACGGUGUUCUAAAGCCUUCGGAUGAAAAAAUCUAUAUAAAUAUGUUAGUCAAAAAAUCCCAGGAAAUUCUACCAAAAGCACAUUUAUUCACAGAGCUUUUAUUUGCCCUUAAUGAACGUCAAAAAGAAAAAUCUGAAGAACAAAAUGGCAUCAAAUCUAAAGAUCUUCAAAUGGAACAAAAUAUUAUAAAAUCCUAUAUUUUAGCAUUAAGCCUCUGUUAUCAA